UAACGAUGAUAGAGAGCAAUUAUACGAUAAUCAUAUAUGUAAUGAAAAUAAAAAUUAAUAUCUUGAUAAUGGUAAUAAAGGCGAUAUCACUAGUGAUAAUAAUGAAACAAUCAAUGAUAGUACUCCUAAUGAUAGAUUGAAUUAGCAGCAAAAAUAGCGACGGUAACAGUAAUGGCCAACUAAUGGAAAACUAAUUUAACUUGUGAUAAGUCGAUCAUUUCCAAGCUUUUUUUUGUCUCGUUCCCCUCGAGCAUUCUGUCAGGUUCCCAUGCACCUCUAGAAAAAAAGGAUAUAAAUAAGAAGCAAUACUGAGCAUUGAUUAAAUUGAUAUUUUAGUAUGGAAUGUGUGUAGGGAAUAAAAGUAUUUUGUACAACUGAUGACAUCGACAAUUCCUACUGUAAAAAAUCUUGAUCUUCCCCAUACGUAUCAGUUAUAGACAUACCAUGGCUAAUGAGUAGAAGCGCACAAAAUAUGCUAAAAAAUAAAUGCUUAACUAAGAUUCUUUGUAGACGAAAUGUACCAAUCAUUUUUUCUUUAACUUUAAUAUUAAGUCGCUUAUCAUUUCCGUCACUUUGGUUAAACGUGAAUCAAAAAGAACCGCAAAGGAGCCUGUUCGAUGCAACCUUUCCAGCAAGUUAAAACGAUAAGAUAGUGUCGCCAUCUCCGCAGUUCCCGCGAGGUUGCAACGAAGGCAGGACCAGUCCCGUUUUUCUCUCGUAACCUCGUCAUUAUGUUCAUCGUCAGCCUUUUUCUCUCCCUUCUCGCUGUUUCCAGAGCGCAGUACGAGCCCACUUGGGAAUCGCUGGACUCGAGGCCGCUGCCCGAGUGGUACGACGCGGCCAAAGUGGGCAUCUUCAUCCACUGGGGCGUGUAUUCGGUGCCCUCCUUCGGCUCUGAGUGGUUCUGGAAAAACUGGCAAGGUUUCGGCAUUCAGAAGUACGUGGAUUUCAUGGAGAGGAACUACCGGCCGGGGUUCACGUACGCGGACUUCGCGCCGGCGUUCACGGCCGAGUUCUUCGAGCCCGACGAGUGGGCGAGUGUGUUCAAUGCCUCGGGCGCUCGCUACGUCGUCCUCACCAGCAAGCACCACGAGGGCUUCACCCUGUGGCCCUCGCGCUACUCCUGGAACUGGAACAGCCUCGACGUUGGACCCAAGAGGGACCUCGUAGGUGAUCUUGCCGAAGCUAUAAGGAGCAAAACACCACACAUCCACUUUGGGCUUUACUAUUCUCUCUACGAAUGGUUUCAUCCCAUCUUCCAAAGCGACAUGAGCCACCUGUUCACAACCAACGAGUUCGUCACAAAGAAGGUCAUGCCGGAGCUCAACGAUUUGGUGAACAGAUACGAGCCCGAAGUGAUCUGGUCGGACGGCGACUGGGACGCCCCCGCCCUUUACUGGACGUCGAAGGAGUUCCUGGCGUGGCUGUUCAACGCCUCCCCCGUCAAGGACACGGUGGUGGUCAACGACCGGUGGGGGACGGGGGCCAUCUGCCACCACGGCUCCUUCUACACUUGCUUUGACCGAUAUAACCCUGGCGUGCUGCAGAAUCACAAGUGGGAAAACGCCAUGACACUGGACAGGCACUCUUGGGGCUACCGACGUGAGGCUGGCGCGUCAGACUACCUCUCCUUCCGCGAACUCGUGACUGAGUUGGCGGAAACCAUCAGCUGUGGAGGUAACCUGCUGGUGAACGUGGGUCCCACGCAUGACGGGCGUCUCCCCGCCAUCAUGGAGGAGCGCCUUCGGCAACUUGGCUCGUGGCUCGACGUCAACGGCGAGGCUGUGUACGACUCUGUGCCCUGGAAGCACCAGAACGACACGCUCACGCCCGGAGUUUGGUACACGAGCAAAGGCAACCUCGUAUACGCCAUGGUGCUAUCGUGGCCCGAGAAGGACGUGUUGACUCUGGGAUCCGUGCGCCCGACACCUCAGACGCACGUGGCCAUGUUGGCCUACCAGGACGACCACGGCAGCAGCAGCCUCCAGUUCACCAUCCUUCAAGACGGAAUAGCAGUGACAUUCCCUGCCAUGUCUCGCGUGGGCAGUCAGUGGGCGUGGGUGCUCGUCCUCCAAGGCAUCGAGCCUGCUUAGACCGCUUAACACCCAUGUAGGCCUCUUUUAUCAAUGAAUGCCGUCUCUCGUUGUUUAGAUAAUACUUUUUUUUACUUAUUUCAAGCAUGUAUGGCUUUGAAUAGAUCACCACCGUAUCUAUCUUGUUUAUUACUUGCCUCGAUUUUUCUGCUCACGAUCUGUUUGUCUCUAUCCUUACUCGAAGAAAUGCAGAUUGCACCGA